GUCGACUCGUAUUAAUCAUCCCGUAAUUAAACAAUAACUCAUCGUUUACGUGAGGUUGAUGCUACCAACGAUUAUACGAGAAUUCGUCGCGUAUUUAUUCGCUCCCGGUUUUUGUUCGAGCACUCGCGGAGCCCUCCAAGUGGCUCGAAGAUCCAAUUUUUCGGGUGCGCGCUGUCGGGAAACACAUUUUUCUCCUUUUUCAAGGUCAGGCCCGGGAAAAUUAUGUUGCGUGUGAUUCCACGCGUGUUUUUGUGAACGGACUUGUUGAAAUGUUCGGAAAAUUCAACAAAGUUAUCGCAGUGUGGAACUGAAUCAUGAAAAACCGGAGCAUUUCCGCGGAUUACCGGAAAUUCGAAGAAGCGGAAAGAAACGCGUCUCGUUCCCAGGGAAUAAUGUUCGGACGAUUAUGAAGAAACGAAGUAUGACGAAGGGAGACGCAGGGAAACGCGGCGAGUGAUACCGACGCCGCGGCAGCUGUUCGAGCGGAAAGAUAAGAGCAAAGUUCGUUGUAAUCGUGCGUCAAUGUGCACGCGCUCCAAUUUGUCAUGGUUUUAAUAUAAAAAGAAGCGAUUCGUCAUUCGAGUGCAGUAUUUCGUAGCUUUUCCGAGCGAGAAACAAACGAAAUAAUGAGCUUUUGCAAUAGUCGCGUUUAUUUUAUUCUGCUGCUGGCAAGCUCCGCUUUUUUCGCAGAUGCAACAAGGCCGCAAAAAUUAUUGAGCAGCACGGACGCGGCGCCGGGCGAAUUAAAAUACACGGUUUCCCUCCAAUACCGAAAUUAUCAUCAAUGCGGGGGCGCUCUAAUAAGCGAGAGACACGUGCUCACGGCGGCUCAUUGCUUCGUGGGUCGCGAGGAGGCUCCUUACACCAAGGGAUUGGUGGUCGUGACUGGUGCAACCAACCUAAUUUCCGGUGGUGAACAUCAUUACGCGAAAUAUGUUACGGUUCAUCCCGAAUACGUUCAGGGCAACAGCCUUAAUCGCUGGCGUCACGAUAUUGCUGUUAUUACGCUCGUCACCCCAGCGGUGAAAAACGCAGCUCAAGCACCCGUGUCUCUGCCCUCGAGUGACGUAAGUACCAACGUGACCGGGAUCGUGAGCGGCUGGGGUCAGUUGGGGCGAAAAUGGGAUGCCGGCUAUCCGAACGUUCUUCAAAAAAGGUCGGUCUCCAUCCUCACGAGGACCGACUGCAAUUCACGGAAUCCUGUUCUUGACACGCAAAUCUGCGGACUCGAUGGAAAGGAUACCGGAUUUUGCCACGGUGACAGCGGAGGUCCACUAGUCUACAACGACGAGAUCGUUGGCGUUGUUUCCUUCGGAGUGUCCUGUGGAAUCGGAUAUCCUGAUGUGUACACUCGAGUCUGGUCUUACAGAGAUUUCAUUUCCGAAGCGAUGAGCCGUCAAUAGAGCACCGAAUGAAAGCACGCCGCAUAAAAGAAACCGACGGAAGGCGAAAUUUCAGGUUUAUUUGAGCAAACAAUUCGGUGUUUUACUCAAACUUAUAAAUUUGUACAAAUAAAGUUGAUAAAUGAGAAAAAACAAAUUGCACAAAAUAAAACCGAGAGACGAAGAAA